GUUGCCCGUCCCGAUGCUCGUGCAUUUUCCGAAUUGUUGCACUUUGUGCACGGUUCUUACAGCUUCCGAUGGCGGGGGGUAAUGUCCUAUUGUAUGAUGCGAUCAACAUGACGAGUGAUGCGGAGGCAUUAGGAUAUAAGGGGUGGCCAGCCGGGAGUUGGACUAUGCCUUCUCUAUUCUCAAUGGCUUCUCGUGGAACUGACUUCUGACCAUUACUGGUAACCACGUCUUUUCUAUACUAAGAUGGAGCGUCUGCUGAUUGCAGUUCUCGCGCUUCCGCUCCUCGUCGCUUGCCGCAUCUUUUACAACCUAUUCUUCCACCCCUUGCGGUCUUACCCGGGACCGUGGUAUACGCGCGGCAGCAUCGUGUGGUAUCUAUAUCACUCUGCAAAGGGUGAUCAUACCUUCGCCCUCCAUGACCUUCACCUGAAGUAUGGCCCCGUCGUCCGCAUCGCACCGGAUGAGCUGUCCUUCAUCGGCCCGCAAGCCUGGAAAGACAUCUACGGCCAUCGGGCACAUGGUGAGCCAGAGUACCCCAAGGAUCCGUCGCACUACUUCCAGGACGAUCCGGCACACCCCCACAUCGUUGGCGCGCCCCGCGACCAUCAUUCCCGGCUGAGGAGGCUCCUUUCCAAUGCCUUCUCCGACAAGGCCCUGCGGGAGCAGGAGCAUGUUCUGAGCGGCUAUGCCAUCUCACUUGUUGAGGCGUUGCGGACGAAGUGUUCGGAACCGGUCGACCUGUCGAAAUGGUUCAACUUCACAGCGUUUGACAUGAUUGGCCACCUAGCCUUUGCCGAAUCAUUCAACUGCAUCUCUAGCUCGAAGUACCACCCUUGGGUCAGUAUGGUCUAUAGCAUGGCCCCGUUCGCCAACUGGACACGGAUGCUGGGCCGGCUAGUGUCUCCCGGCUCCGUCAGGUCGCUUCUCUGGCUUGUCCCGAAAGGCGUCAUGCACGAGUACUACACCUCUCGCCAACUAACCAAAGAGCGACUCCUGCGGCGAAAGGACAGACGGCCGGAAUACACGGACUUCAUGACGCACAUGCUCAAGGCCGAGGAACAGGGCGCCAUCGACUUCGCCGACCUGGAGAGCAACGCGCCCAUCCUGGUCUUUGCCGGGAGCGAGACCACCGCGACCGCGCUGUCCGGCGUCGUGUACUACGUGCUCCGGCACCCGCGCGUCUACGACCGACUGGUCCGGGAGAUCCGCUCCGCCUUCCGCCACCAGGGCGAGAUCUCGCUGUCGCGGGUCAACGAGCUCAGGUACCUGCUCGCCGUCCUCGACGAAACCAUGCGUCUGUAUCCGCCCUCGGUCAGCAACAACCCCCGCGUGCUGCCGCCGCAGGGGGCCACCAUCUGCGGGCAACACAUUCCCGGGAACACCAAGGUCGGGAUCCCGAACUAUGCCUGCUUCCGUUCGCCGGACAACUUUGUCAACCCGGACGAGUUCGUUCCGGAGCGGUUCCUUGACGACUACGACGAAGAUUCGACGUACGCCGGAGACAAGAGGGACGCGCUGCAGCCGUUUAUGGUUGGGCCGCGUAAUUGUAUUGGCAGGAAUCUCGCAUACAUUGAGAUGCGCUUGAUCUUGACUCAUCUUCUGCUCGAGUUUGACCUGGAGCUGGCACCGGAUAUGGUGGGUUGGGAGAAGCAGAAGAUCUUUGCCGCUUGGCUGAAGAAGCCGCUCAUGGUUCACUUGCGUCCGGCGGGGGGAGCAUGAUUUUUCAGGUUCUUUUUCCUUUCUUUUUCUGUUUUUCUCUCUUCUCAUAUUGGUACUUGGAAGUUAGGUUCAAUCAGAAUACGGCAGAGACGGAGCGCGAUCAGCAGAAACACCGUUCAACGGAAAUAUGUACAUCAAGAUAGGUAGAUGAGCUAAGGGAUUAGUUAUGUGGAUAGUUGGCGCCUUUUUCUUGAAGAAUGAAUACCUAGGCAAAGUC